UUUAAAAUUUGCUUUAUAACAUAGAACAACUACGCAAUAGAGUCGACUAGAAGUGGAAAGGAACUAAUUUUAUUGUAUUAUUAAGAAUGAAAUUUCCAUUGGUGCUAUUGCAUUACUUGAUAAUUUGUUUGACUUUAGUUUUGGCAGCAGUCGUUCCAGAAGAAUGUGAAAAAACCUCCAAUGAAGCAAUAUCAAUGCAUAUAAACUCCAGUACAACAAAAACACAGAGAACCACGUCUUGUCCCGCGCUCGAUAACGCAGACUCAUCAACCCAAACCCAAUUGAUUUAUCGUCUUACCAAUCCAUGUCGUUUUGAUCGAUUUGACAGACCAUUUCCAGUACUUGGAAAAAACUCUGUAGCUGACCAGCCAACAAAUAUUAAUGUGCGGAUUUAUAUUACUGAUAUAAAAAUAAUCGAUACCAAUGACAUGCAGUGUAAAAUAUUUGGGUUUCUACAGCUUCGUUAUAUGGACCAAAGAUUGGCGUUUGGAGAGUAUGCACCAAAACGUUUGCAACCGGUAUUCGGUGAUUCACAACUGCUGGAUCGAAUUUGGGUUCCACAUAUAAUAUUUGUCAAUGAGCAAAAUACAGCUAUCUUGGAAACCAGUAAGAAAGAUAUUUUAAUUAUGGUAAUGCCAGAUGGAGUGUUGAGUAUCUCCACCCGAAUAGAAGCAUCACUAUCUUGUUCGGUUGCAUUAAAUAAAUUUCCUUUUGAUGAUCAAAAAUGCUCUGCGAUUAUAGAAAGUUGGUUGUACAAUUCUUCCGAAGUAAUAUUGCACUGGGAUGAGGAAGAUUCGAUCGAAAUUGAUUCAAAUAUACAGCUAAUAGAUUAUGACUUAGAAUAUUCUUGGCACAAUGAAACAAUCUUCCAAACCAGGAAAGGAGACCUGCGAUAUACGUUACUGGGUGGCAAUUAUAGUUCGAUAAGUUUUACUGUGUACUUAACGCGCGAUUCGUUGUUUUAUACAUUUGAUUAUUUUUUACCUUCCAUUAUGCUUGUUGCAAUUUCUUGGGUCUCAUUUUGGCUUCAAGCGGAUCAAACACCUGCACGUACGACAUUAGGCACAAGUACCAUGUUGUCGCUCUUCACGUUAACUGCUAACUACGAGAAAAAAUUCGAAACAAAAAACCAUGCACAGUUCUUUGAAGUUUGGUUUUUCGGUUGUACGUUCUUUAUAUUUGGUAGCCUUAUGGAAUUUGCUUUUGUAAAUACUAUAUGGCGCCGAAACAAAUGCUUGAGUCUGAAGAAAGUCAAUAGCAAAUAUAUUUUCAAGUCGACUUUAUCCCCAAAAGUUAUACCACAAAGUAAGAUCUAUGAUUGUGAGACAGACGGUCGCAUACACUUCAAUAAUGGCAAUAUUUGUAAUCAGUCAAACAAUAAAGGGCAUAUCACUGUUUUAGAAGCCGAUACAAAUUUAAGUGCAGAACAUCAAGAGGAAAAAACUAGCAAUGAUUCAUGGGCGACGAUGACACCUCAUGAAGUUUCACUUUGGGUAGACCGGAAAGCAAGAUUUGUGUUUCCAUUAUUGUUUAUUAUAUUUAAUGCCAUUUAUUGGACAUUCGUCUAUUGUUUGUAGUUCGGCAAAACGAAAUAACAGUUAAUAUUAAUUUACAAAUCUUCAAUACAAAUAAUUGAGAUUUAAUUUUAAAAUUAUAAAUUGUUAAUACAA